AUGCAGGAUUGCAGCCAGCUGACACGGUGCUUCGCUGUAGGCGGUCUGUCCGGCCUCGUCGUUGCGACUCGACUGUCGGAAGAUGCGUCCAAGUCGGUCAUUGUCCUCGAAGCAGGCCCGGACGCCACAAACAACGCCAAUGUGACGACGCCAGCGUACGAAACGAUGCUCACGGCAACCGAGCUCGACUGGAACCUGACGACAGUGGCGCAGAAGCAUGUGCAGAACCGCACAAUGAUGUACCAACAGGGGCAUGGUCUGGGCGGGGGCAGCCUCGUCAACUACAUGGCCUACUCGCGAGGUGCGCCCUCCGUAUUUGACGUCUGGGCGCGCACAACGGGAGACGAGUCGUGGGCGUGGUCGAAGCUCGCUCACUACUUCAACAAGGCUACACACUUUCACAAACCGCAAAGCAAGGGAGUGACGAUUCAAACGCAUGAUAACCUUUACAGGAAUGCACGAGGACCCAUCGACGUGAGCUAUCCCCGCACCCAGGAGAACUUUGCCUCGUACUUUGUGGCCGCCUUUCGCAACUCGACCCACGGCGGCCCUGGGCUGCCCAUCAUCGACUACAAUGCCGGCGAGUCGAUUGGCGUCGCGUACCACUCCAUGUCGAUUGCUCCGCGCACGGCCACGCGUGCCUCAACGGCCAGCGCCUACCUGCCACUCCUCAAAGGCCGCCGAAACGUCCGCGUCGUGACUGGCGCACGUGUUGACACGCUGACGAUGGCCAAGAAGAGGGCGACGGGCGUCCUAUAUACCGACAUCCUGCUGCUUCUUGCGGGCAUCGGUCCCCGUGACCACCUCGGCUCGCUGGGUAUCCCUGUGGUGGAGGACCUGCCCGGUGUGGGCAGCAAUGCACAGGACCACGUGUUCCCUUCCCUGACGUACGAAGUCGUGUCCUCGAUCGACACCACGGCACAGUGGCUCAAUGAGACAUACUUUACCGAACUCAAAGACGACUAUCGCAAGGACAAGAAUGGCACCCUGGACUCGGAUCUGGGCGGUGCACAGGCCACGGAGCGGGUACCAGACGCCCUGCUUAAGCAGUGGAAUGCCUCAUACCACCUCAGCCUGCCACACGACCAGAACAACAUCCAGUACCUCUUUGACAGCACCCUCUUUGGCCAGCCCACCAACACCAAGAAUAUUGUCACCGUCGUUCCAGUCCUCGUGACGCCCGAGUCUCGCGGCACCGUGCGUCUCGGCUCGCGCGAUCCCUCCCAGCCGGCCUUGUAUGAUCCAAAUUACCUUGACUCGAUGGCCGACCGCCGCAUCAUCCAGUGGGGAUUUCAUCGGCUCCGUGACGCCAUGCGCUCCGAUGCCCUGCGCUCGAUCCGCGUGGGCGAAUACACGCCUGGCAACAAUGUCACCUCGAGCGAGGACGUUAUGGAUGCUAUCACGCAGUCUCUAGCUACGAUUCACCACGUCUGCGGCACAGCAGCCAUGGGGCCCAAGUCCAAGGGGGGCGUCGUCGAUGAGAAGCUGCGCGUCUACGGCACCGAGGGUCUCCGCGUAGUCGAUGCAAGUCUCUUUCCCACCAUCCCUACUACACAGAUCCAGUCGGCCGUCUAUGCUGCUGCCGAGAAGGCGGCUGAUAUAAUCAAGGCCGCCCCAUAG